GCCAAAUGAGAAACAGCUGCUUUACGUGGGGCAGAGAGUCACAAUCCGAAGAUGAGGGCCCGCGGAGCACACUCCCUUUUGGUGACGUGCAUUUUGUUAUCGCCGAUUCUUUGGAAACGUGAAGUAAGAGCUGGGGCGAAACCAUCCGGAGCCCCGGAGGAACCACCCGAAAACCCGGCAGAACCAUCCGGAUCCCCGGCGUCCGGCGCUCUGCGCAGCGGCGCGUCCGUGUGCCACGAGGGGUUCAUGUCUGUGGAGCUGUCGAAGGACCGCUACGCGGAUCUGCCUCACACCAUUUAUGUCGAUGACCAACGCGGCGGCUAUUACCAAGCCAUCGCGGUGGCGGAGCAGUGCCUCUACUCCUUUGGGGAGGCCGAAAGCUUUAGUCUCUUCACGGUCUCGGGCGGUGGAUGUUUUGUGAGGAGAGAAAAGAACAUCACCCGUCUGGCUGUCGUCAUCAUGGCGCUUGGAGACGAGGGAAGAGUUGAAAUUGCAGAGUCGAUAUCGCUCACCUGUGAAAGUAAAAGGGACGCGGUGAACAAAAACGAUGAUCCACAAAUGUCAACACGCGGCGUGUGCAACGGGGACGGGUUCCACAUCACCGUCCUCCAGAAUGCCACCGUCCCGCCUCUGAACCUGGAGGCGGUCUGGAUCCCCUCCGGCCAGAACCACCCCAAAUGUACACCCCAGAGAACAUCCGAGGAUGCCGUCACGUUCAGCUUUUCCUUCACGGAUUGCGGCACUCAGUCUGUGACGGAGGACGGGGUCAUAACCCACUGGGUCGCCAUCGAGGUGAAGCGACAUCCGCCACGGAGCCUUGUUUUUCACGACGCUCCUUUCCACCGUACUGUGCAUUGUAGCUUUGCACUGGCUCAGGUUACUCAGCUGGGCAUUGAGGUCCGGGGAGAAGAAUCCGGGAACCCGUCCACACUGGAGAAUGAGGCAAAUCUGAGGACCGAAAUGAGGUUUGCCAAAGACCCCAAUUACAAGUCGUUCUAUUCCUCUCGGGACCCUCAAAUAGUCGCUGAGCUUGGCCGGCCCGUUCACGUCGAGGUGUUCGCUCCGAACCACGAGGACGAGGAUCUGGUGCUGCUGUUGGAGGACUGCUGGGCCACGCCGUCCGAAAACCCUCACGACCAACCGAGAUGGACCCUGCUCGUCAGAGGGUGUCCUUACAGUGGCGAUGGCCGCACAACUGUAGGGUUGCCAGUUGUCCCCUCAGAACUGGAAUAUCCCUCUCUUCACAAAUGGUUUGUGGUCAAGCUGUUCUCAUUUGUGAAGCCCCCAACAUUGACAAACCUGGAUUCUCUCCUACGGGUAUAUUUCCACUGUGACGUAAAGCUCUGCAAAGGACCAGAUUGCCUACAGUCCUGCAGCAAUGGAGAGCGUAUGUUAAGGCGAAUCAAACCGGGACCAGGACAGGAGGUCCACUACAGUCGAGUUUCUGGUGGACCGCUUCUGUAUCUGCUGUAAAUAAAUCAGAAAAAGGACCACUAUUUCACUUGAUGUUUGGAAGCACAAUUUUUGAACGGUUCAGUUAAUUUAUGUCUGGGAUUCAAAAUGAAAAUAAAUCUUUAACAAACUCGCACCCUUUCCUGCACUGACCCUUAUUUGUUUUUUUCGGAAGAUCCUAGGUAG